AUGUCAAAUCAUUUAUAUAGGAAAUUUAUGGAAUUGGCGAAUCGUUGGCCUAAUGAACCAUUGAAAAAAUCGAAUCGAAACACAGUUUUAUUUAUUCGAAGCGAAAUUGAGAAAUAUUUUAGAAAUGAAAUGAAUUCGAAUUCAAAUUCAGUUUUAUGCGAAAAGCGAUUAAAAAGCUUAGAACAACUGCUAUCAAACGUACAUCUCACAAAUUAUCCACAUUCAUACAGAUCGGGUGUUUUUGGACUAACUAUUGCCCAAUUGCAAGAGGUUAAUUCGGAAGAAGGACGAAAAGCUAUAGGAUUAGUUAAACGUCCAUCGCUAUUCUCAAAAUUAAAAUCAUUUAUUUUUUCCACUAAUUGA